AUGUCCCCCAACGCGCCCGACACAUCGACGACCCCGGGCGAGGUAGCAUUCGCUGACGACGCCGACCGCUUCGUCCCGAAACCCCUGAUCGACGACCUGCUGCGCACGCGCUAUUGCAUCCCCGGAUCUGUCUUCCUCGUCGAGGACAUCGAGUCGCUCCCUGUGCCGCGCUCGAGACGAUGGAGGGCCGUGAGGCUGAUGCUUGGGGAUGGCGAGUUGUGUAUACAGGCGCUCCUCCGCGGGGAGAUGCAUCGCUUCCUCGAUAUGGGCGCUGUGAGGGUCGGGUGCUACGUACGGUUGGAGGAGUUCACCGUCCGCUUCCAGGACGUCGCCGGCGAUCGCCUUCCCUCUGGACGAAUGCGGCAGAUGGUCUACUUGGUCGUCCAUGAUCUGGUCACUGUUGGAUGGCACACGUCACUCACAACCCCAGACGUGUAUCCCCAAAGAGCGCAGGAGCCCGCGGUAGACGACGAUUUCAUCUCGGAUAGCGACGUGGAUGUUGCCAACGCGGAAGCUGUCGAACUCCCUAUGCCAACACGAGAUCCGACACCGCAGAACCCACCACCCUCGACGCCGAGGCCGCAACCGCGAGAUAAUCCCUCGAUGGAUGAACAGCACGAGGAAGCCGACGAUGCCGAAGAAGGCUUCGAGGUUAUGCAAGUGUCGGAAACCAAGGCGACGCAGAGGAGAGCCCAGGCGAAGAGCAUGCCAGCAGCUGGUGUCGCCCUCCCGCGAGACUGGACAGACCCGAGCAUCCCGCUAAAGCUGACGCCUCUACGAUCCAUCCCGAACCUACCAUACAAGCAGAAUUGGUCCGUCAACGUCCUAGCCGUCGUGACGUCCCUCUCCGACGUCGAGCCAUCCCAUAUGCCUCCGCAUACCCAAAGGACGGCGCGGCUUGCUGAUCCCAGCACCAGCAAGCAGGUCAUCCUAACGAUCUUUCUCGACGCCGAAGAGUUCAGACCUAGGGUUGGUAGCGUCGUGCUCCUCGUCGGAGUCAAGAACCACCGAUUCGACGGCGGUUGCUUGAAGAAGUACGUCAGCGAUAGGCCCAAGCCGGGACGCCGCUGGUGGUUCGAGGAGCCCCGGCAGUUCGAUUGGUGCGACGUAGAGGGCAUGGAGCAGUGGUGGCGGCAGCAGUCACAACAACAAGGGACGACCUUUGGCAACGCAUGA